CACAGUGAGCUGUCGAAUACAAAUUGAACAGCACUGUAGUUCGCAAAAGCACCGUUGCCAAAACAAUGCAAUUCUGUCACUGCCAGCCGGCUUAAAAUUGUCCAGCAGCAUAGAAAAUUGAUAGCGCUGUUAUCUAGGAGCGUUCCUCAAGCAUCCCAAUAUAGCGACAAGUGGACAAUACACUGUCUCUAUUGCUAUCGGAACACAGCGAUCACAGGGUCACGAGUUUUGUUCAGAGCACUGGUAUAAUAGCCGUUCAUCAUGGUGCAUAAACAUCAUGUCGCCGGAUACGAUGCAUUCGUUGCAUUCAUGAAAGACUUCAACGGAAACGGCGGUGCGAUCAAUAUUCUCUUCACCGGCGCAAAGCUCGAGAAUGGCUUGAGCUGGUGUGGCGACUGUGUCGAUGCGGCACCAUUUAUUGAGAAAGCGAUCGAAACGAACGCUCCGGAGAAUUCGCAUUUCAUCUACGUCGAUGUGGGCGAUCGUCCAACCUGGAAGGAUAUGAACAAUCCUUUCCGCAAGGACACCAACACGCAUCUGUCCGUCAUUCCGACCAUGAUCCGGUGGAAGCAGCCGCAGCGCCUCGAAGGCGAACAGUGCGGCAAGGCCGAUCUGCUGGAACUGUUCUUUUCGGAAGACGACUAAAGCGAUAUCGAGAAAAGGGAAUGACGAUCGAUGUGGAUUCUCUCUCUCUCUCGUGUUAAAAUAUGUAUAUUUUGUUCGCAAUAAAAUCGCACUCUUUUUACAGGGUU